AUGGAUGACGAAUCAAGAAAUGAAUUGGAAGAAAACGCGAGCAAUACUGAAGAAUUGGAAAAUCUAUUAGAAGCGUCAGUUCCGUCACAAUCUUCAGAAUUGCCCUUAACAAUCGGAGAACACGAAUUGGGUAAAGUGUCUCCAUACUGGAUACCUGAUAAUUUUACCUCUAACUGUAUGGAAUGUAAUUGUAAGUUUACAAUGAUUAAAAGAAGACAUCACUGUCGUGCGUGCGGUAGAAUUUUAUGCUCUAAAUGUUGCGGAAUGAGAGCCUCCUUGGAGUACCUUCAAAACCAAGAGCAAAGAGUUUGCGAAACUUGUUUUCAAACUUUAGCUAAAAUUCUCAUGGACGAAUUGCAAAACGAUGAAGAUUCCGAGUCUUCUCCUAGAAAAAGGCCAAAUCCCAACAAUCCAAUGGAAUAUUGCAGCACUGUGCCACCACCUCUUCAAAUCAAUAGCUCUGGUAGUCAACCUCCUCCAUCGGUAAUGGUUCCGGUUGGAGUUUUAAAAAGAGAAGGAAGCUCAAGAAUUAAAGAACCCCCAAAGCAGGUCAUGUUUAGCGAUGGAAUAAGGCCGGGAGGGGAUUUAACCGAAUUGGAUGGAUCUGAAGAACAUAGAAAUGCUUUUAGAAAACCUGGUAGAGUUGGAAAGAGAGGUAGCAUACCACCAGUUAUGUUGCCUCCAAUCGAUCCGAUAAGUCAAAGUUUCAUAGUUGAUAAAAGUUUACCUCCUGUUUACGUGAAUAACAAGGGUGAAACGUCAUACGAAGAAAAUUGGUCUUUGUCUAAAAUAAUGGAAAAUUUAAAAGAUCCCAAUUUACCUCCUCUUCAAUUCGCUAUCAAUAGAAAUUUAAUUGCUCGAGUAAAAAUUGUUGAACUGGAUUGUUGCAUGAAAGAAACUUGUUGGGUUAUAUGCUCAAAGGGCAUGGGAUGCGUUGGACAAGAUGAAAUUAUAUUUAUUUUAACGUUAACGGAACCCGAUGACGACCAAAUACCUAAAGAAAUAUUUUUGCAGCUUCACUACAUAUACCAAGAGGCUGCGAAAGGGAACACAGUCAACGAAUUAGGUUACUGGUGUGUCAACGAAUCAAAUUUUUUAGAUUCGAAACAACAUGGUGGAUUUUUAUUCAUUCGACCCAGUUUUCAAUGUUUAAAUCGCAUCGAUUUGCCGCCGCCACCAUUUCUAGUCGGAAUUCUCAUUCACAAGUCUGAAAUUCCCUGGGCCAGAGUUUUUCCACUUCGACUAAUGUUGAGACUGGGUGCCGAAUUCAGGUACUACCCGUGCCCGUUAGUGUCCGUGAGAUUUAGGGAACCCGUUUAUUACGAAGUCGGACAUACCAUAAUCAAAUUAUUAGCCGAUUUUCAAAAUUUGAAAUACACCAUACCGAGCGUUAGAGGUUUGAGAAUACAUAUGGAAGCAAAUCAAACAUCCAUUCUAAUUCCGAAAAAUAGGUACGAUCAAGUCGUGAGAGCUUUGAAAAAUUCCAACGAUCCCGUUCUGGCAUUGGCCGGAUGUUUUAGUUGCGAAGCGGAUGCGCAUUUGGUUUGCAUGCAAUCGAAAGGAACGGAAAUCACCUACAGCACGCAAGCGAUAAACAUCAACGAAAAACCCAGGAAAGUUACGGGUGCUAGUUUCGUCGUUUUAAACGGAGCGUUAAAAACAACGAGCGGAGUGGCUGCCAAAACGAGCAUAAUCGAAGAUGGUUUAAUGGUUCAAGUCCCGAGGGAUACGAUGACGUCGUUGAGAAACAAAUUGAGAAACAUGGAGGAUUGGAGCGUUAAAUGUGGGCCCAUAGAAGGAAGAAAUGCGGAAGAAGUUGUUAAAAUAAUUUGGUGCGAAGAUGAUAAAAAUUUUAACGUCGGAGUAAAAAGCGUCAUAGAUAAUAUGGCUCUUGACGGUGUGCCUUCAAUAAGAGUUCACAGUGGAAAAGAUUUUAUGGGAUCUACGAAAUUGAUAAGAUGGACGCAGGUUUUCAUAAUUAAGUGCGAAGAUGGAGCAACGUCGGCAAAAUUAGGGGAUCCGUUGGAAGUGAAUAAUUUAUCGGAAAGCAUCGCUAGAGCCACGUGCAUAGCUUUAAUUAAACUUCUAGAUUUGUUGGCCGCAUCCGGUUUGACGAUAUUAGCCGUGAGAGCGACGAUGGAUCAAGAAAACGUCGGAUACGAAGCGGGAAGCAACGGGGAAAAACUCGCACCCAUUUACAUGAACAGUUUAGACAACGAGCUUAUACCCGUACUUCACAAAGCGGGUUCAAUAAACGAUUCGGCUGCUGUUUUAGAAUUAGUUUUUCACAUAAUGGACCAGUGA